UGUAUAUGCGGUCGUGUCCAAUAGUGGCUUGAGUUGGUUGUAGUUUAUCUUUCUGCAAUUGUACAUUUAGUGGGCAGUUGUAAUGCUUCUAGCUGGUGUUUGCUAAAUUCAACAGAUGAAGUGACAUAGGAGAUACUCUUAUUUCCCAGCUUUAUUGUAGAUCCCAAACGCAUCUGAAAGAGCAGGCUUGCUUUAGCAAAGCGUAAAGAUGCAACUGGCUCUAAGUAAAACGUUUGGCCAGAAACCAGUUAAAUUUCAAUUAGAAGAAGAUGGAGACUUUUACAUGGUUGGGUCAGAGGUUGGAAACUACCUGCGUAUGUUCAGAGGAUCUCUGUAUAAGAGAUACCCAUCUUUAUGGAGGAGGCUGGCCUCCGUGGAGGAGAGGAAGAAGAUCGUAGCAUCGUCACACGCCACCAGUGUCACUCUGCUGAAGGCCUCAGAGUGUGAGGAGAUCUUUGAGGGGAAUGAUGAGAAAUACAAGGCGGUGUCCAUCAGCACAGAGCCCCCGGCGUACCUCAGGGAGCAGAAGGGCAAGAGGAGCAGUCAGUGGGUGCCCACCCUGCCCAACAGCUCCCACCACCUGGAUGCUGUGCCCUGCUCCACCACCAUCAACCGCAACCGCAUGGGCCGGGACAAGAAGAGGACCUUCCCCCUGUGCUUUGAUGACCACGACCCCGCAGUGAUCCAUGAGAACGCAGCGCAGGUGGAGGCGCUGGUUCCCAUCCGGCUGGACAUGGAAAUCGAUGGACAGAAACUGAGAGAUGCCUUCACUUGGAACAUGAAUGAGAAGCUGAUGACCCCGGAGAUGUUUGCAGAGAUCUUGUGUGAUGACCUGGACCUGAAUCCUCUGGCCUUCGUCCCUGCCAUCGCCUCCGCCAUCCGUCAGCAGAUCGAGUCGUACCCCAACGACGGCAUCCUGGAGGAGCAGCAGGACCAGAGGGUCAUCAUCAAGCUGAACAUCCACGUGGGGAACAUUUCUCUGGUGGACCAGUUUGAGUGGGACAUGUCUGAGAGAGAGAACUCCCCCGAGUCCUUCGCCCUGAAGCUGUGCUCUGAGCUGGGUCUGGGGGGGGAAUUUGUUACCACCAUCGCCUACAGCAUCCGCGGUCAGAUCAGCUGGCACCAGAGGACCUACGCCUUCAGUGAGAACCCCCUCCCAACAGUAGAGAUAGCCAUCCGCAACACAGGAGACGCAGACCAGUGGUGCCCCCUGCUGGAGACCCUCACAGACGCUGAGAUGGAGAAGAAGAUCCGAGACCAGGACAGGAACACCAGGCGUAUGAGAAGACUGGCCAACACCGCUCCGUCCUGGUAGAGGCCCAAGCUCCAGGACUACUGUUACUGAAGAAGCAACACACACACACACACACACACACACUCACACUCACACUCACACUCACACUCACACUCACACACAUCUCACUGACUAAAACACACACAUUAAGGCAUUCCUCUACACACAGUCAUCAGAACACUUUAACACCUGUCAGCUGGUGUUGCAGGAGGUUUAUCUGACUGUUACAGAACUGUUACACACAUGUCUAGUGGAAACAAUAUAUAUGAGAGAGAUGAAGAGCGUUUGUGUAACAUGAGGGUGGCUCUUACAAAAGUCAUUGUAAAUUCUUCAGACCUGGAUGGCAUGUGGAACAGAGCUCUGCCGUGGUAACAUCUCAGUGGAAAUGCAUUACAGAUGUUUUCACAGCUAGCAUCCUGUAUAUAAGUGUAAAUGGGUUAAGAGUAUCUGUUUGGAAUAAGACCUAUACAUGUUGAUGUUCCAUAUGACCAGCAGCUGGAAUUACUAAGGCUGGGUAAUCAAAGGGAUCAUUUUGAGAUCAAUACAUCUGUACAUAGUCUAGCUGCCAGCUCAUAGUCAGAGUCCUGUUGUGAACCUGGAAAUGUUGAGUACCCCAAAGUGUUAUGAUAGAAAUGUAUAGUAGCGGUCUCCAGCACAUAGAAACUGCCAGAUGCUAACCUGCAUAUGUUGGGUAAUUUGCACAAUUAGCAUAAGUUGCGUUAGCUGGCAUUAUGCAGACAAAAUGAAUACAAAUGGCUUUGCCGAUUUGGACAACUUUGGAGUGGUUUUUGAGGUUAUGAGGACAUUGAAUCAAAUUCUGAAAUGUUCAGGAUCCAAAAUGGCAGUUUUAUCCAGAAAGUGGCCAUAUUUCUUUCCCUGGGAAUUUUGAUUAACUUGGGGUCAAUUUUAAAGUCAAAGACUGAUUUGACAUCCGGCAGUUUCUAUGUGCUGGGGACCUGUACUAUACAUUUCUAUCAUAAAACGUUGGGGUACUCAACAUUUCCGAGUUCACAGUGCUGGCAAGUAGACUAUUAUUCAAGAAAAAACAAAGGGUCACACAAUAACUUUAGAUUCUCCAAAGAGGAUUUAGUCUUCUUUGUCAUAUAUAAUUGUAAACUGAAUGUCUUUGGGCUUUAGUCGGCUGUCGGACAGAAAUGUGAAGAUGUUACCAUGGGCUCCGAGGAGGUUGUAGGGAGCCUUUUUUUACUAUUUCUUUAAAGAUUAUACAAUAUUAUCUGACCCGUGCACAUCAAUGCUUUGGUGCUGGAUACCCAAAAUGGCUACAUGAUGCCCCUCUGUGUAGACUAUUAGAACCAUUUGAAAAGUGCAGUAAUCCAGUGAAUGUUAGUGAGCCACUUCACAGUGAUUUUGAGAACUUCUGUACUGUGGCAGGUGUUAUGUUCAUACCUGACAGAAAUAACCAGUGUGUGUGUGUGUGUGUGUGUCAAAUGUAACUCAAACACUCACUGGUGAUGUUAGCGGCAGUAGCUGAGAGCUGUUGGGUGCCUGCAGCCAAUCAUAGGGCUGAUUUGAUUUCUGCAUGCAGACUCCUGAUCUUACUUCCAGAUUGUGAUCAGGGUGCACCAGGGUUUAUUUGCAUGCAUAAAUCUAAAUAUAGGUAGAUGAUACUGUAACCCUGAGCAUGAGGGCCUCACAGUGUCUCAGACUGCUGCCUCUUGUAGCUGACAAGAACCAAUGGUGUCUUUUAAAGUGAUUAUUUCAAACUUGAACAUAUUCCAGAGAAUGAUGUUAAAAUAUCUACUGUCACUUGUUUUUUGUAAAAUUGCUUUACCUUUAUAGUGGACUUCUUUUUUUUAUAUGAAAAUGACAAUAAAGAAAUAACAAAUGUUA